CUAAACCAUCGGAAAUGGAUCCUACUGAAAAACCCGCUAGACCAAUGAAAUUAAUGGAGUUAGUCUACUUCAAUGUGAGCCACGAGAUUGAGAGUGCAGUAUCUAUGGUGGUAUAUAAUCGCCGUAUAUUAGAUUCAAAAAAAGUCCUUCCAGAUAGCACGAAAAAACGUUUUGAAAUCCAAGUUGAAUUAAAAAAGCGAUUGCUGCCAGCCUUUUAUGUGUUCUUGUACUAUGUGCACAUUCCAUCAAUGACCUUAUGCCUACAAUAUGUAAUUUUUAAGGUGUCGCUAUCACAUCACGACGGUGUCUUUAUCGACUUACCCGACAAAUUGAAGCCUGGCAUAGAGAUCAGUUUCAAUAUCAAAGCGAGACAAAAUUCCUACGUUGGCCUUACUGCUAUGGAUAAUCGAGUUUAUGUACUUGGUGAAAAUAUGGAUAAUGAUUUUCGUGAAGACUAUUUCGAAUUUAUAAAAUCAUCCGUGAUGGCGUCCGAUAUAAUGCUGAGCGAACGUCAAACUGUUAUAGGAGCGGGAUUAUUAUUUCUGUCGAAUACCCACAACAGUUCCAGCAAAAAUCACAGUAUGUUUAAAAUGAUUUCUUAUACUCAUUCACGAAGUGAAAUGUCCAUCUUGGUGUCCGAUAUUAUCGAUACACGAUCGGGUAAAACGGUAUAA